UCGAAAAUCAAAUUUGAUUUGAUUUUGGUUUUGAUAUAUAAAUCAAAGACUGUAAAGCUUUUGAAUUCAAACAGAAAAAUCACAUCAAUUUUGAACCGGAAAAUCAAUUCAUAUUUGAAAAAUUUUCAACCGAAAAAAAACGAUGGUGAAUGAUCAACGUUUGAAGAUAUUUUUUAUUGCUGUAGAUGGUGUUGGCCAUGUUAAUGCCUGUGUUGGUUUGGCACAACCAUUAAAAAAACGUGGACAUGAUGUGAUAUUUUUGACUAACGAUUUUUUUGCUGGAACUUAUGAAAAAUAUGGUUUCAAAGAAAUUGUAUUGAAAAGUGCUAAAGUAAAAGAAAUAAUGGAAAAAAAAGGUAAUGAAAAAUCCGAUGAACAUCCAUCGAAAGCAAUGUCAUCUGUUUGGAAUAAAUUACGUGAAAAUGGUACAUUAUCGGGUAAACCAUCAAUAGAAAAAAUAAAAAACUUUAAACCUGAUAGUGGAAAUGAAAUUAUUAAUAUGAUGUUUGAAGGUGUCAAAGAUCAACAUCCACAGCUUAUCGAAAUAAUCGAAAAAGAAAAACCUGAUCUAUUUAUUAUGGAUCAAAUCGUUUUACCACCGUGUAUUUUGUAUGGAAAAAUACCAUGGGCAUUUUUAUGCAGUCCAUGUCCACGAAUGUUAUAUGAAACUCCUGAUCUUCCACCAUUGACUUCAGGAUAUCCAAGUGAUGAUCGUACUGGAUGGAAAGAAUUUGAAGCCAAAAUGGAAGAAGCUUUUACACAAGGAUUUCUUUAUGGCCAAAAUCUAAUCAAUAAAGAAUUUGGUUAUCCUGAAGUAACUAGAGAAGAAUUUAAAUUUAAAUCACCUUAUAUAAAUAUUUAUGGCUAUCCAGAAGAGUUAGAUUAUUCAGAUACUGUACCAUUACCUGAUAAUCAUAUUCGUGUUGAUGCAUUUUGUCGUGAAGCAGCAGAAAAUUUUGAAUUACCCGAAGAAUUUAAAGCAAAAAUAAAACCUGGUGAUAAAUUAAUUUAUUUAUCAAUGGGAUCAAUUGGUUGUUUUGAUAUUGAUUUGAUGAAAAAACUUGUCAAUGAAUUAUCGAAAUCACCGCAUAAAUUUAUCGUAUCAAUGGGUCCAGCAAAUGAUCAAUAUCAAUUGGCUGAUAAUAUGUGGGGAAAAGCUUUUCUGCCUCAGACUAAAGUCAUACCAUUAGUCGAUAUGGUUAUUACACAUGGUGGUAAUAAUACAGUAACCGAAACAUUUUCAUUUGGUAAACCAAUGAUCGUUAUGCCAUUAUUUGGUGAUCAAUAUGAUAAUGCACAAAGAAUUCUGGAAAAAGGUUAUGGAAGUCGUAUGAAUCCUUAUUAUUUUAAAGAUGGCGAAUUAAACAAAAUGAUUGAUGAUAUAUUUUCCAAUGAACAAAUACAGCAACGUUGUCGAAAAGCAGGUGAACGUAUUGCCCGGGCAAAUUCAAAAGAAAAAGCAUGUGAAAAAAUUGAAUCAAUUAUGGCUAAAUUGAAAAUUUCAAUGAAUAAAUAGGUUUAUCAUUUUAUCCAAAAAUAAAAAA